UUAGCAACGUCGGCGUAGUUUGUAGCGGCUGUCGGCUGCGGUAAUUUAUUAUUAUUAUUUUUUUUUAUUGCUUCUGUCUCUACGCACGUGACGUCAGCGCGUUGUCCCGCACUAAAAGUAGUCCGGGCAAAACGUGAUGCUUUGAGCUGGCAAAAUUAAAUGAUUCCUUGAGGUGAAUAAAAUUACUCGGAUCAGUUUGUAAACUCGAGUUACUCGAGUUGCUCGAGUAUUCGUUUCAGCUCUAGUUGAUAUAUCAUGAUACUUUGCAUCCCAAAAGGUUUCAGUUUCAGUUUAUUCACACAUCGUAUCAUGGUACACACAAAAACGUGUUCAUAUACACUCAUUGGCCACUUUAUUAGGUACACCAUGUUAGUAAUGGGUUGGACCCCCUUUUGCCUUCAGAACUGCCUCAAUUCUUCGUGGCAUAGAUUCAACAAGGUGCUGGAAGCAUUCCUCAGAGCGUUUGGUCCAUAUUGACAUGAUGGCAUCACACAGUUGGUGCAGAUUUGUCGGCUGGACAUCCAUGAUGCAAAUCUCCCGUUCCACCACAUCCCAGAGAUGCUCUAUUGGAUUGAGAUCUGGUGACUAUGGAGGCCAUUUGAGUACAGUGAACUCAUUGUCAUGUUCAAGAAACCAGUCUAAGAUGAUUCCAGCUUUAUGACAUGGCGCAUUAUCCUGCUGAAAGUAGCCAUCAGAAGUUGGGUACAUUGUGGUCAUAAAGGGAUGGACAUGGUCAGCAACAAUACUCAGGUAGGCUGUGGUGUUCCAACGAUGCUCAAUUGGUACCAAGGGGCCCAAAGAGUGCCAAGAAAAUAUUCCCCACACCGUUAUAACACCACCACCAGCCUGAAUCGUUGGUACGAGGCAGGAUGGAUCCAUGCUUUCUUGUUGUUGACGCCAAAUUCUGACCCUACCAUCCGAAUAUUGCAGCAGAAAUCGAGACUCAUCAGACCAGGCAAUGUUUUUCCAAUCUUCUAUUGUCCAAUUUCGAUAAGCUUGUGCAAAUUGUAGCCUCAGUUUCCUGUUCUUAGCUGAAACUAGUGGCACCUGGCGUGGUAUUCUGCUGCUGUAGCCCAUCUGCCUCAAAGUUCAACGUACUGUGCGUUCAGAGAUGCUCUUCUGCCUACCUUGGUUGUAAUGUGUGGUUAUUUGAGUUACUGUUGCCUUUCUAUCAGCUCGAACCAGUCUGGCCAUUCUCCUUUGACCUCUAGCAUCAACAAGGCAUUUCCGCCCACAGAACUGCCGCUCACUGGAUAUUUUUUCUUUUUUGGACCAUUCUCUGUAAACCCUAGAGAUGGUUGUGAGUGAAAAUCCCAGUAGAUCAGCAGUUUCUGAAAUUCACAUACCAGCCCUUCUGGCACCAACAACCAUUCCACGUUCAAAGUCACUCAAAUCACCUUUCUUCCCCAUACUGAUGCUCGGUUUGAACUGCAGGAGAUUGUCUUAAACCAUGUCUACAUGCCUAAAUGCACUGAGUUGCCGCCAUGUGAUUGGCUGAUUAGAAAUUAAGUGUUCACGAGCAGUUGGCAAAUUCGUUGGCAACUAAUUUAUUAAUCGAUUUAAAUUGUUGUAGUCGUAGGAUAUUGCAUUGAAUUGCAUUUGAACUAGGGCUGCAGCUAUCGAUUAUUUUAGUAGUCGAUUAAUCGAUGAGCUGGUUAGUUUGAAUAAUCAAGUAAUCGGAUAAGGAACAUAAAAAAUUAAAAUACCUGACCUGAGCCUCAAACGGUAUAAAAAAUAAAUAAAUGUGGAUAUAUGUGCAACAAAAAAACAAAUGGCUAACCUACAUGACAAAAUUCCGCUAGCUUAAAUGCUAUAAAAUGCCAACGUUUUUUUUUUUUUUUUUACAAUACUCUUACCAAAUAGUUCAAACACAUAUUCCCACAAGAACCCCCCGGCUAAAUUUACCUUUAAACUAAAUUACAAAUGCAUUACAAAAAAAAACAAAAAAAAACGUUAGCUCAAAAAAAACCUUAGCUUAUGUUGGUCUUAACAGGGAGCAGCUGGAUUCAGCCAUGUGAAAUUAGGUGGACUAGAGGGCAGCAUAUCCACCCAAAUUAAUAAAAUUAAAUGCAAACACUUUCAAAACAAACCAUUACAACGCCACUUUAAUUAAACGAAUACUCGAAGCAGCAAAAUUUGAUUAGAAUAAUUUUUUUCUAAUCGAAUACUCGAGUUAAUCGAUUAAUCGUUGCAGCACUAAUUUGAACCAGAUUAUUUUAAUACACAGGAUAUUAGACAAUGUUUGACAGUCGCUAUGGUGACUAAACUGGUAAUCUGUCACUUCCUCUUCAUCAUUCAUGUCUAUGCAAUCAUUAUGUCAUGUCACACAAAAUAGGAAUUAUACAUCAUCCGAGGUGAAUAGUGUGCAGUGCGCCGUGAAUGGAAAUGUAGCGCUGCCAUUGUGUGAGGAAGCAAUGGCUGUCGGCCAGCCCCCUUCAUCUAAUAUUCAGCCUUGAGUAAAAAAAAAAGAGGUGGGGGAUGUCAUGCUGGAUCCAGGCGGCGCUUGUAGAUGCUGUGUAUGUGUGUAGUGUGGGUGAGAGCGAGACCUACUGUACUGUAAGUGUCGAAAAAUCACCCUCCGUCAAGCGGUGUGCAGGUAUCGAGCACUGAGCCAUGGAUACCACUACCUCCCUGAAGAUGACCUCCAUAGCGGUCCAAAGCCUGUUCAACUACGUGGAGGAGGAGAACUUGGCCGCCAUCAAAGCACACUUGGACAAGUUCAAAGAUGUCGACAGUAGGAGUGAUAAUGGACAGACUCCCCUAAUGGUGGCUGCCGAACAGGGCAAUUUGGAGAUUGUGCAGGAGCUCAUCAAGAGAGGAGCCAACGUUAACUGCGAUGAUGUUGACUGCUGGACAGCGCUGAUGUCAGCAUCCAAGGAAGGCCACAUACAGGUGGUGGAAGAAUUACUGGACAAUGAGGCCAACAUGGAAAACAGAGACAUGGGAGGUUGGACUGCUCUCAUGUGGGCCGCCUAUAAAGGCCGUACAGAUGUGGCACAGCUGCUCCUGAGCAAAGGGGCAAACCCUAACAUCACUGGUCAGUACAGCGUCUACCCCAUCAUUUGGGCGGCGGGUCGAGGCCAUGCUGAGAUUGUCCAUCUCUUACUGCAGCAUGGAGCCAAGGUCAACUGCUCGGACAAGUAUGGCACCACUCCACUUAUCUGGGCUGCCAGGAAAGGUCACUACGACAGCGUGAUGCACCUUCUGGCCAACGGAGCUGACGUGGACCAGGAAGGAGCUAACUCUAUGACGGCUUUGAUUGUGGCAGUGAAAGGCGGCUAUACUGAAGUGGUCAAGGAGCUCCUGAAAAGGAACCCGAAUGUCAACAUGACUGACAAGGAUGGCAACACAGCCCUGGCCAUAGCUGCCAAGGAGGGACACACUGAGAUAGUACAGGACUUGCUGGAUGCUGGAACCUAUGUUAACAUCCCAGACAGGAGUGGGGAGACCAUGCUGAUUGGAGCAGUGAGAGGAGGUCAUGUGGAAAUAGUGCGAGCUCUGCUGAACAAAUACGCAGAUAUUGAUGUCAGGGGCCAGGACGGAAAGACUGCUCUUUAUUGGGCAGUGGAGAAAGGUAACGCCACCAUGGUGAGAGACAUCCUGCAGUGUAACCCUGAUACAGAAAGCUGCACCAAGGAGGGAGAAACCCCACUUAUCAAAGCUACAAAAAUGAGGAACAUAGAAAUCGUUGAGCUGCUGCUGGAUAAAGGAGCAAAGGUGUCAGCUGUGGACAAGAAAGGUGACACGCCCCUGCACAUCGCCAUCAGAGGCAGGAGCCGGAAGCUGGCCGAGCUUCUGCUAAGGAACCCUAAAGAUGGCCGCCUCCUUUAUCGCCCUAAUAAGGCUGGAGAGACACCGUACAACAUCGAUUGCACCCACCAGAAAAGCAUCCUCACGCAAAUUUUUGGCGCCAAACAUCUCUCUCCAACUGAAUCAGAUGGGGACAUGUUGGGUUACGACCUGUAUAGCAGCGCUCUUGCAGACAUUCUCAGCGAGCCCACUAUGCAACCGCCCAUUUGCGUUGGUCUGUAUGCACAGUGGGGAAGUGGGAAAUCUUUUCUUCUUAAGAAACUGGAGGAUGAAAUGAAGACGUUUGCUGGGCAGCAGAUCGAGCCGUUGUUCCAAUUUUCCUGGCUGGUGGUCUUCCUCACGCUGUUGCUAUGUGGUUCAGUGGCCGUCAUCCUGGGCUUUACUGUUGAUCACAAGCUGGCCAUCGCCGUUUCCCUCAGCUUCCUUGCUUUGAUUUACAUCUUCUUCGUUUUGGUGUACUUUGGAAGCCGACGUGAGAGAGAGAGCUGGAACUGGGCAUGGGUCAUCAGCACACGUCUGGCCCGGCAAAUUGGCUACCUUGAGCUCCUUCUCAAACUUAUGUUUGUCAAUGCCCCUGAACUGCCCGAGCAAACCACCCGAGCACUGCCUGUCAGAUUCCUGUUCACAGACUACAAUCGUUUAUCCAGCGUGGGAGGGGAGACCUCCAUGGCUGAGAUGAUAGCUACGCUUUCAGAUGCGUGUGAAAGGGAGUUUGGUUUCAUGGCCACCAGGCUGUUCAGGGUUUUCAAGAAUGAUGAGAUCCAAGGUAAAAAGUGGAAGAAAACAUGCUGCGUGCCAUCCUUUGUGCUGUUUUCUUUGACCCUUUGCUGUCUUAUCGCUGGUUUAGCCUUGCUAGCAAUAUUUAAGGUGGACCCUGAGAACCUGACAGUGAAUGCAGUGCUCAUUGCCAUGGCCAGUGUGGUCGGGCUGGCCUUGCUGCUUAACUGUAAGACCUGGUGGCAAGUGGGCGACUCAGUCCUCAACUCCCAAAGGAAACGCCUGCACAGGGCUGCCAACAACCUCCACCAGCUGAAGAGUGAAGGCUUUAUGAAGGUUCUGAAACACGAGGUCGAGUUGAUGUCAAAGAUGGCUAAGACUAUCGAUGGCUUUACCCAGAACCAAACACGAAUGGCCGUCAUCAUCGACGGGCUGGAUGCUUGUGAACAAGACAAAGUGCUGCAGAUGCUGGACACGGUGCGUGUCCUCUUCUCAAAAGGGCCGUUCAUCUCAAUCUUCGCCAGCGACCCUCAUAUCAUCAUCAAAGCCAUCAACCAAAACCUCAACAGCGUGCUGAGAGACUCCAACAUAAACGGCCACGACUACAUGAGGAACAUCGUCCACUUGCCCGUCUUCCUCAACAGCAGAGGCCUCAGCACAGCGAGGAAGCUCUGCAUGGCGGCACCCGCCAAUGGCGACGGCUUGGCUUCUGAAGGAUGGAAUGAUGAUGUUGACAAGAAGAUGUCUCAGAAUAGUCUGGCUCAAGACCAGGCCAAAUUUGGCAGCAAAAACGCACUUAACCGCAGGGACACAUACCGGCGGCGCCAAAUGCAGAGGACUAUCACCAGACAGAUGUCCUUCGACUUGACUAAGCUGCUGGUGACUGAGGACUGGUUCAGUGACAUCAGCCCCCAGACCAUGAGAAGGCUGCUCAAUAUUGUUUCUAUCACUGGUCGUCUGUUGCGAGCCAAUCAGAUCAUCUUCAACUGGGAUCGUCUGGCGUCGUGGAUCAAUCUGACCGAGGAGUGGCCUUAUAGGACGUCAUGGAUCAUCCUCUUUUUAGAAGAAAGUGAUGGAGUGUCUGAUCAGGUGUCCCUGAAGACAAUCUAUGAGAGGUUGUCCAAAAAUAUUCCCACCACUAAGGAUGUGGAACCGCUGCUAGAGAUUGACGGCGACAUCCGCAGCUUUGAGGUUUUCCUCUCCUCCCGAACACCUGUCCUCACUGCCAGAGAUGUGGAGAUGUUCUUGCCCUGCACCGUCAACCUGGACCCCAAACUCCGAGAGAUAAUAGCAGAUGUGCGUGCCGCCAGGGAGCAGAUGCACGUGGGCGGGGUUACGUAUCCCUCAAUGCCUUUGCAAGAGGCGGUGGUAUCUCGUCCGCAGCCGGGAUACGGCCAGCACGCGGGCGCCUGCUCUCCGCCAGGCUCCUUCGCGGGCUCCUUGCCACCUCAGCCGCACAGUGCCUACUUCAGUGGGAUGACCGGUCCUCAGCAUCCCUUCUACAACCGGCCUUAUUUCCCCCAACAUGUGUAUCACCUGCCAAGGCACUACCCCCAUCAUGUCCCUUCAUCCUUGCACCCUUCCAUUAAACAUCCUGCUCAGUCCAAGGACGUCACCAGUGGACUUGAAGUUAUAGCAGAGGAUGCAAGAGAAGGCCUCCACUCCUGUCCCUCUGACCCCGCCAUGCUUUUAAGGUCACUGCCUUACAAAUCAAAGCAGGCCUCCCCUGCUGUCCUGCUCAGCUCGAUGAGCACAGACGCAGUGUGCGAGUUCCUCAAACAGAUCGACGGAAUGGACGCCAGCAUGCUCCGUCAGUACACCUCCACCGUCAAGAAGGCUAAUAUAAACGGACGCGUGCUGGCACAGUGCAACCUGGAUGAGUUGAAAAAUGAGAUGGAGAUGAACUUUGGUGACUGGCAACUCUUCAGGGGAAUGGUGAUGGAACAACGACACGUGGAAAGCCAAGCUUUGCUUCAGGACGAGUCGCGAGCCGCGAGCGAACAAGGCAACAGCGUGUACAACGGAGAACCCGGCAGACGCUCGGGGGUCUCGGCGCGGGAAGGGGGGGCCUUCAGCCUCAACUUAAGCUUUGAGGAGCUCAGCGGAGCAGGACUGGAGGAGCCAACGAGACAAGGCAGCAGCUCGCAGUGGCCGGUGCCGACUCUCCGCACCACAAGCAUGUCCAGCCUCAAUUCUCAAGAGUCGUCCAAUAACAUCUGCAAGUUGACCGACAGGCAGCAGGCCGAGUACCGCGAUGCCUACCAGGAGUAUAUUGCUCAGAUGGCCCACCUGGACGGGGGCACGAAGGAGAGGCCUAUGCAACCACAACCUUCGACCUACAGCUCGGAUGCUAAAGGGGCUAAUGAAGGAGCAGACCAAGAUAGCCGCAAGUCAUUCCUCAAAAGAGUCCCCAAGGCGACUGAACCCGCAGACGUUCCCUCAGGGGCUGAUGCCCAGCUCCUCGAUCCCAUCAGCGAGGAGGACGAGAAGCAGGAUCACAGCACGAGCUCCAGAAACAACGCCGCCGGUUCUCGCUUCCGCAAGCUUUCCAGCGAUGACGACUCCAGCCCCGAAGACUCCGACAACACUACACCGCUCCUUCAGAAGGAAGCCAAAUCCAAGAUCUCGCAUUUCCUCACCAAGGGUCUUCUAGAUCAGAAAGAAGCCGCUGAAAUCUCCCGAGAAGAAGCAGCGGGAGAUCCCGGCCUGGUGAGGGGAGCGGUUAAGCCAGGUGUGAUGGAGCUGGAGCUGGACGGCCUGAUCAAGAAGCGAGGUCUUCUCCCCAGCAGCUUGAGCUGUCUGCAGGACACGGCUGUGGCCCGCAUGUCUAUUUGCUCCGAGGCGGCCUCCGAGGCCAGCCUGAUGGCGAGCAGCCCGGAUGAGAGUUGGCCUCCCGGCGGGAUGAGCAACCUCAACCGCAGCGAGAGCGACAGCACGCUCAACAACAACACCGGCGACGCCAACUCCAACACCAACAACAGCAGCCACCAACAAGAAGAGUUCGCCACCUCCCCGUCCAGCGUCUCGCCUGCUGUAAUCAUCUCACCAGGCAGCAGCAAUGCCACCGUCACCACCGCCACUGUCCACCACAACCAGAAUCUGCGCUCCAUCAACUUAGGAGACGAAAGAGAAAGUGUCCUUUAAGAUUGUUUUCAAAUCCAUACGCUGAAGCGAUAAAUGUCACAUGAUAGUUGUAGAAUAACAUGUAGUUGACUAGGGUAGAAUUGUACGACAUUAGUUUUAUUGUUAUGUAUCAGGGCCGAACAAAAAGACUACGAUUUUAAAGUCGUACUAUUACUACAAUUAAAAAAAAAUAGUAAAACGAUAACGAUCACAAGAUAAGGCGAUAAAACGGUUAUCGAUACAUUGGUCAGGAAAUUAUUCUAUAAAACACCUGAUAGAUAGAAAAACAAGUGCCUGUUAUGAAUUGGAUCCAGAUUAUCACUAGUAGACGUCCAAUCCAUUUGAAGUGGGAGGGUGGCAGCGAAUGAACAUUCGUUCAUUCGAUGUGACAGCCAACCAAUGCCAGGCAAAUAGUUCAUUUUGGGGCAUUGCAGGUCUUUUCCUGUCGAUUUUCGGUCAUUUCCUGUUGAUUUUACAGUGUAUCACAAAAGUGAGUACACCCCUCGCAUUUCUGCAGAUAUUUAAGUAUAUCUUUUCAUGGGACGGACAACACCGACAAAAUGACACUUUGACACAAUGAAAAGUAGUCUGUGUGCAGCUUAUAUAAUAGAGUUCCCCUCAAAAUAACUCAAAAUAUAGCCAUUACUAUCUAAACCCCUGGCUACACCCUUUAGUAGAUCCCUAAAUGUCCAAAUUGAGUACUGCUUGUCAUUUUCCCUCUAAAAUGUCGUGAAUCGCUAGAAGAUUGCUGUCAGCAUUGCGGCAGAGAUUGAAGAGGUGGGGGGGCUGGGACGCGAACCCACGCGCCGCGACGGUUUCACUCGACAACUGACUGCGGAAUCGUCAGCAUCCCUUCAUAAAGGAAUCGGCAGGGAGGUUUCCACGCUCCGCCAUGGAUCUGCUACACUCACCCCCCGAAACCUUCGCUGCCGAUCCGGGUCACGGCACCAAUGUACCAGUGUGUCAGCGCCGCGACGCUUCCACUCGACAGGUAGGGAAGCUAACCACUGCGGCAAUAAAGCUCGAGCUAACGGCACAGCCGUCAGCGUCCCUACAUGAAGGAAUCGGCAGGGAGGUUUCCACGCUCCGCUAUGGAUCUGCGUGUACCUGUUACACUCACCCCCCGAAACCUUUGCUGUCAAUCCGGGUCACGGCACCAAUGUAGCCGGUGUGUCAGCGCCGCCCCGCGUUCUGCUCCCACCAGGCCGGGAUGCAAACCCAAGCGCCACGACGCUUCCACUUGGCAGGUAGGGACGUUAACCACUGCGCUAAUAAAGCUCGCACCGCUAUCAGCGUCCCUACAUGAAAGAAUCGGCAGGGAGGUUUCCAAGCUCCGCUACGGACCUGCGAGUACCUUUUACACAUGGCUGUCACCCCAAGACGGAACCUCUUCUGAAGACCGUACACAAGAAAGACACGCCCGUCUCAUCAGACCAUAGGACAUGGUUCCAGAAAUCCAUGUGCUUUGUUGACAUGUCUUCAGCAAACUGUUUACGGGCUUUCUUGUGUACCGUCUUCAGAAGAGGCUUUCUCCUGGGGGUGACAGCCAUGCACACUAAUUUGAUGUAGAGUGGGGCAUACAGUCUGAGCACUAACAGGCUGACCCCCCACCUCUUCAAUCUGCAGCAAUGCUGUCAGCACUCCUGUCACGAGUCACGUGAUAUUUUGGAGGGAAAAUGACAAGCAGUACUCAAUUUGGACAUUUAGGGAUUACGUAGUUUCUAAGGAGUGUACUCAAUUUUGUUGCCUGGGGUUUAGUUAUUAAUGGCUAUAUUUUGAGGGGAAAAUAAAUUAACUCUAUUAUAUACAUAUAAGCUGCACACAGACUACUUUACAUUGUGUCAUUUUGUCAGUGUUGUCCUAUGAAAAGAUAAAUAUCUGCAGAAAUGCGAGGGGUGUACUCACUUUUGUGAUACACUGAAUAUCAUACGUAAACAGGGAAACCUUAGAUGACAUUUAAACGGAAUGAAAUGUGACUAAAAUUGUGAUUAGAAAAGUACAUCAGUAGACAUUUAGAAUUCUUCAAGCGUUUCAGUCUUUGGCUUGUGUUAACACACAAUGCUAAAAAGUUAGCCUUUUUCCUCAUUUAAUAAGUUACAUAAUCACCAUAUCACAUUUCUUAAAUGCCCUAAUUUGGGUCAGUUUUGACAAAAUUGUGUUAACCACAUAAUAAAAAACACGUGGUGGGUUUUAGAGUGUCAGUGAAAUAAAGUUGAAUUUAGAAAUUUAGGGUUCUUCUGCAGUUGUGGUAGAUAAAAUAGAAAUGGUGUCUGGUGAUUGAAUGUUACAUGUCAAGUGUUGUGUUUGCUGAUAUCAAAUUUUACUCACUGGUGAUGUGGCGUUAUUCUUUUGUGAAAGGUACUUGCAUGUUCUCCCAAUUCUUGUCAAAUUGUUUCAUUGUUUAAAAUCAAUACAAUUUUCCUUGAAAGUU